GAAGAGCGGGUAUCGCCUGCUCCACUCUUACACUGUGCACAAUGUCCGUUUUUCUGGUUUGGUUGGUCAUAAGUACCGCUAAGGCAACAGCGAACUUGACGGGGCCAAGUUUGGACUAUGAGCCACCGUUUAAAGUUCAUUUUGAUAAUAAUACCGGUACUGCAGUAAGGUGUUCUGCUCAAGGAACCCCUAAGCCAACUAUCCAUUGGGAGCGAAGUGAUCUAAAUAGUAGAGUACAAGAUAUACCAGGCUUGCGCCUCAUCAGACCAGAUGGUUCUAUGAUUUUUCCACCUUUUUCUUCUAGUAAUUAUCGUCGAGAUAUCCACGAUACCAUCUACAGGUGUAUCGCCACUAAUAGAGUAGGAAGCAUUGGGAGCAGAGACGUACACGUCAAAGCAAUCGUACUCAGGAGCUACAAAGUUACUGCUCGUGAUGCUGAGUUUAUUAUACGUGGAAAUACUGCAGUUUUGAAAUGUGAUAUUUCUUCUUUUAGUAGAGAUUAUGUACUAGUCACGUCUUGGUAUAGAGAUGACGGUUUGUCUAUCUCCAUUAAAGAUAAUACAGGAAAGUAUGCAGCUUUCCCUACGGGUGAACUUCACAUUCGACAAGCCAGUGAUCUGGAUGCUGCAAGGAAAUAUAGGUGUCAAGUACACGAUAAGUUGUCUCGUUCUACAAGAAAUAGUGAUCGGUGGGCAAACAUUAUUCUAACUACUCCACACGGUCAAGUUCCUCCUCGUAUGACUCACUGGAUAAGAGAAGCUGAAGCUCUUGAAGGAGAAGCUUUAUGGUUACCUUGUUCGGCAUCUGGAUCUCCAGUUCCCACUUAUCGCUGGUAUAAAAAGAAUGCAGCUACUAUAAUUCCCUUGUCUCAUAAUCAUAGAUACGUUAUUACGCAAGGUACCUUAAUCCUCCAUCAUGCUAUUUUGAGUGAUAGUGGACAAUAUGUCUGCACCGUUAACAACAGCGUGGGAGAGCAACAAGUACAGACCAAUGUUAUCAUCAGAGCUCCGUUGAAAUGUAAUAUCGUCAUCCCUGAACAGAUAAUUACGGUAGGCUCCUCUAUUACAUUAUCAUGCGAUGUAGUGGGUUCUCCAGUUCAUUUUUUACAAUGGAGAAGGAACAUGAAGAUAAUUAGAACCGAUAAUAGGAUAAAGCAGCAUAACAAUAAUGUUUUGCAUAUAACUGCUGUUCGUCCCGAAGAUCAGGGAAUGUAUCAAUGUUUCAUCAAUAACAAUAAGGAUUCUGCACAAUGUAGUGCAUCUUUGACAAUAAGAGCCGAUUCACCUCGUUUAGUGGAUAAGUUUGAGAAGCAAAUUCUUCAUCCAGGAAUGUCGACUUCUUUAUAUUGUAGAGCGACUGGACAUCCUUUACCUGUCAUCACGUGGACAGCUGAUGAUGAAGUUAUCCCUACAUCUGGCCGCAUUCGACAAGGAGAUUUUGUAACUACUGAUGGAAUUAUUCAUAGUUAUCUGAACCUGAGUAAAGUGGAAGUCCAAGAUGGAAGAACCUUCACGUGUAAGGCGCAAAGCGAGUUUGGCACUACGUCUCACAGCGCCAAUAUUAAUGUUCUAGGUCCUCCUGUAGCUAGACCGACUACAAAUAAAACUGUUUUGGCAGGAGAGACUAUGUCUUUACGUUGUCCCGUUUCUGGUUAUCCCAUAGUAUCAUAUGUUUGGGAAAAAGACGGACGCAAACUGCCUACUAGUCACCGUCAUGAGCUCAGAUCAGACGGGCAGUUAAUUAUUCACGAUGUCGAUCGUAAAACGGACAGUGGUAUGUGGUGGUGCACAGCUAGUGAUGAAAAUGGACAAAAAGCUCGAGGAAGAAUCUUCAUUCAUGUGGUUGCUAGUCCCGUCAUUGAUCCCUUUUCUUUCCCAUCUCAAUUGCAAGAGGGAGGGAGAACGAGUAUCCACUGCUUUGUUUCUGCAGGAGAUCCACCAAUCACUAUUCGAUGGAUGAAAGAUGGAGAAUCGUUACGUCCCGAUAUUCUUGGAAUUUCUAUGGAACUCUAUAACCCUUACACUUCUAACCUUUUUUUCGAAAAAGUCAACGAGAAACACAAUGGGAACUACACCUGUGUAGCAUUCAAUCCAUACUCGCGUACCAACUACACUGCAGAAAUGUUAGUACAGAUACCUCCAAGAUGGAAAAUUGAACCCGAAGAUGCAUCUGUGGUUCAAGGAAACUCGGUUCGAUUCGACUGUCAAGCGGAUGGUUACCCUCGACCUGUCAUUCGAUGGAAGAAACUAACAGGUCCUCCUUCUGAAGGUUUCCAAACCAUAAUGAGCAAUGCUCGAAUGCAAGUUCUAGAAAACGGUUCCCUUUAUUUUCAAGAUACCAUCGAUUCCGAUGCCGGAUCCUUUUUGUGUCAAGCGUUUAAUGGUAUCGGUGCCGGUUUGAGCAAAGUUAUGAAACUCACCGUUCAUGUUCCUGCCUAUUUUAUAACCAUAUCCUAUUCUAAGAAAGUAAAGAAAGGCGAUUCGGUUAGCAUGGAAUGUACAGCAAAAGGCGAUAAACCACUUACUAUAGUUUGGUUGAAAGAUGGAAAACAACUAAACAACAAUACAAUUACAAGAUACAAUGAGAGGCAUUUUGAGAAAGAUGGCGGCUCAACAUCAGUUUUGACAUUGCAUAAUGUCGAAAGGGAAGAUUCUUCCGUUUUCACGUGUCUAUCUUCAAAUCCUUACGGAAAUGAUAGAACUACUGUUGAUUUAACAGUUCAAGAACCACCGGAUAACCCGGGUCAUGUAGAUUUAAUAAGGGUUACGAGCAGAACAAUUACUAUAAGAUGGCCAAGACCAUUCGAUGGUAAUAGUCCUAUUAUAAGGUACUUAGUGGAGGUGGAAUUAGUUAAAGAUAAUAAAGGUUUAGGGAAAUUUCUAGCUACGGAAGUUCCUGGAUCGCAACUGGAAACAGUUGUACGUGGAUUAAGUCCUUUAGCUACUUAUAAUGUUUACGUCAUUGCGGAAAAUAGUUUUGGUCAAAGCGAAGCGAGCCAUCCUCUUAUAAUUACUACAGAUGCGGAAGUUCCUAGAUUACCUCCGAGAGACGUCAAAGCCACCGCUAUCGAUUCCAGAACGAUAAGGGUAUCCUGGAAACCGCCGAUCUCCGAAGUGGAUGGACGAGAUUUUACCGGUUAUUAUGUCGGGUUUAAGAAGCUUAACAGCAAAGAUUCAUACAUUUUUAAAACGUUUCAAGUUACUAAUAAACAGAAAGAACAAUAUCUUCUAAGUAACUUGCAAAGUUCAACUAAAUAUGAAAUUGUUGUUCAAGUGUUUAACGAUAAAGGUGCAGGACCAGAGUCAGAAAAAAUCGUAGCAGAAACCAUGAAAGAAGAAUAUUCUCAUCCUGUAUCAUUGAAGAUUGUUUUAACUACUCUGACAACAAUACAAGUCGCUUGGGAUUCGAAAUCAACUAAUGAUGGUUACGUACUUUAUCUUCGUCAAGGAGAUGGUAGUUGGACAGAGACAUCAGUCCCUGUUGGUCGAACAAGCUAUACGUUCACUAAUCUUCGUUGUGGUUCUGUACAUCAAUUAUAUAUCGUUGCACAGAACAAAACUAAAAAAGGAAAACCGAGUGAAAUCAUUACUACUAGGACAAAAGGAUCUCUACCCAAAGCGCCGAGUAAUAAAGCUUUUCUUAUAAUCAACUCCACUUCUGUCACGGCAAUUUUGUCCACUUGGGAUAAUGGCGGUUGUCCUAUUUCUUCUUACAUCUUGAAAUACAGAUCGAGUAUAGAUAAAGAAUGGAAAACCAUUUCGGAUGAUAUAUCAUCCAUUAAAUCUAAAAUCUCUAUAACUGGUCUAUCCUCGGGAGAAAAGUAUUAUAUAUUAUGCGGUGCUCGAAAUUCUGCUGGCUAUACAGAAACAGAGUACGAAUUUGAAACAAAAAAGUUAGAUACAGAACAUAAUAAAAAAUCGGUGCCUGAGGCUUCAACUACGGAUUUACAAAGAAAAGUUGCAGUUAUCACAUCAACCGUGUGUUCCGGUGCUGUGCUUAUAGUGAUUUUGGCAGCUGCAUGCGCCAUUCUUAACAGGAGAAGGAGGCAAAGAAGAGAACCACACGAUGUAAUUGCAGAUCGAAGAAACGUAGAAGCUAGCAAAUCUGAAGGACUUGCAAUGAAUGUUUGGGAAAAAAGAAGGAAGUCUGAUACACGCAAUUCCCAAGGCCGGGAGCCACUUUAUCUUCCUUGUCCAUAUGCUGCUGAGAGACUCUACCAACUUUCAAUAGAUGGCGAUAGCGACAUGCCAAGUAAUGGUGCUACUGGCACCAUCAACGAUCACUCGUAUGACGUACCUAUACAACUAAUGAGUAAAUCUCACUAAACGUGUACAGUAAAUGAACUUUUUUUAUUCUUCCAGCCGAAAUGUAAAAAAAGAAAUUAAUAAAAAUCAUUUAAAAAAAAAGAAUUUAUCGAAGUGCGUCCAUAUUGUUCCAUAAUUGGACUAAAAACUAGUUAUGUUUUUUUAUGUUUUCGUCCCUGGGACAAGUAUUAUGUACAGAAAUUUGAAUUCGUUUCAUCUUUUACGAGUCUGUGAGUGUUAUGUCGUUGGUAUAUUGUAAAUAAAGUAUCUUUCACACAUUUGUUUUAAAUUUCUUUUUUUCUUAAUUUUUCUCCUAUCAACAUGCAAUGCAGCAAUUGUCUAU